AUGGCACUAGGUAGAAGCAUGAGCAGCACUGGCGCCGUUGCUCUUGGGUUGGUGCUAACCCUGUGCUUCGCAACCAGUGGUUUUAGCAAGACGGAGUGGAUAGUCGGAGGUCAAAAGGGAUGGACCUUUGGUGUUCAUGGCUGGGAGAGGAACAAGACCUUCUACCCUGGUGACGUGCUUGUGUUCAAGUAUAAUCCGAAGAUGCAUAACGCGAUGAUAGUGAAUAAAGAUUUUUUUUUGACUGGAAAUAGGGAUCUUUAUUGCAUGAUAGAAAUUCUCAAUGGUUCUGUCGGGGACGAUACAUAUACCUCUGGCUACGACAAGCUCGAGCUCAGUAGCCAAGGCCCGAUGUACGCCAUCAGCAGCAAACCUGGAGACUGUGAGGGUGGAAUGAAGCUUGAAGUUCACAUCACAACGCAUAGAUGAUCCAUCUAUAGGCUGUCUACUUGAUAUGCCUGUCUUUUUUUUAAUUAUAUUCCUCAAAUAAUGGAAGGAAAUCCAAAUUAUGUGCAUGCUCUUUGCCGAUCCGUUGUAAGACAUCUCUAAAAUUGAGCCGGCACCGCAGGUUGUGCGUGUAUUUCUUGUUUUGGCAAGUGGGCAAUUAUUCCGAAAGCAUAAUAUAUGUCACCAAAAUAAUUAUGAAUCCAGUAACUGAAGGUGAAGCCCGUUUUGCCUUGUCCAAGGAGCUAGAAGAGGUUGACGGAUCGUGCGAUAGAGAUUAAUCUUAUAGCUUCUAAUACUGCUCCUUGUUAGCGCCAUAAUGAUAUUCCACCUGGCUACCUCGGACUCGAAGAGAGCAAAAAAAAG